AUGACUGGACCGCGACGCUGCACGGCGGCGAUCCUUACCAUCCCCAGCUCCGACUUCCACAAGCCGGAGAUCAUGCGCUUCCUCGCCCCCUACUACGUCGAGAAGGACAGCCUCGUUGUGCCGGAGACCCCGGCGGCAGACGUUUACGUCCAGGAUGAUGAUCUUGAAGCAUACCUCAACGACAUGUUUUAA